AUGUAUCCCUGGCACCAGCGCCUGAACACCUGGGCCGAGGGAACCGGCCUGCGCAUCGACGCCCUCGGCCUGGUAACGCUGUUGGGCGCGGAGGAGAUGGACCGCAUCACGGGGCGGCUCGUCCCGAGCCACUACCUGGACUACCUGCCUCUCCUGGGCGCCUUCGUCGUGGCGGGGAACCGGUUCACCUCCAAGCAGUUCGGCUUCACGCUGUACAACAUCUCCGCGGGGAUCGUGACCACCGAGCUGGCGGGCUGGUUCUCGCGAUGGCUGCGCACGCAGGACCUGCGUCAGGCGCGGAGUGUGAUUACCUGGGAGGUUGUUGAGCAGCCACGGCCCUCCAGGUGGAAGACGGUCCUGGUUGGCGUGUUGCUUGUUGCGGUGCCGGUGCACGGGCUGCUGAUUGCGUUGACGGUGUUGACGGCGGACUGGUGGGGGUUUGCCAAUGUGAUGGCGAUGGUUGUGUCUGUGGUUGUGCGAUGUUUCCUGGUCGCGCAGAACCGCGCCGGGAUCGAUGCCAAUGUCCGUCGAGCGCAGCAGGAAGCGCGCGACUACAAGGGCAAAUAUGACGAAACGAGGAUGAAUCGAGGGAAAGACAAACACAUGGCCAUGCCCGUCGAGCCCAAGGACCCCUCCGCUAUCGCCAAGGUCAUCGUGGUGACUGACGACUCGAAAGCCGUCACGAUUGCUGCGCCCGCACAUCUGAUCCAAUUACUGUUCACGACCACCCCGCGGGUGCCGAAUCAUGGCAUCUACCAGGCGACCCGGUUCUUGGGCUGGGUCGCGUUCGGCGUGCACGUCGUCGCGAUUGGCAUGUCGGCCCUAUACACGCAAAUAUGUACGGUGGUGGUGAUGGUCACCGCGACCAUCCUAACCGCCCACAAGUUUGGCUGCGAUGAUUCGCACAUGGGGAGGAGGAUUUGGAAGGCAUUUACAAGCCGCAAACGCAAUGAUGAUGAUGAUGAAAAAGAGGACGGGUCAUAUACUUGCUGGGUGGGCUCGAGGUUAAAGGCGACUGUCUCGUCCUACCCGGAUUGGUAUAGCGAAUGGAACGAAGACCAAGGGGACCCCAAGCUACCCCAGGUGGUGCAGGUGGUCGAGGAGAAAGGUGGAGGGAGACGAGCAAGAGCCGUCCUUGACCUGGAACGUGCUCGUCCUUCCCCGAAAAAGAAGAAGGUCGUCGAGCGCCGGCAAGAUCUGUAUGCUUGGUUGGGUCUGACGGAGGAGGAAGAGACGCACAUGACGGCUUGGGGGUUGAUGCCCCGGAAUCGGGAGUGGACGAGUGUGUACUUUGAGAAGAAGAUGAAGCAUCACAAGCGAAUGGGUCGUGCUGGGACGUAG